ACUAGCAAAUUCACCUCCUUUUUUAUUGCGUAACGAUUACAUUCUCCAUUUUCAGUAUAGCAUCAAAUGAUUUUAUCGUUCAUUAGUGCACUGCAAGAUAUAUACAUCGGAAGAAAGAUAAGUCACAAAGCGUAUGUGCUAAUACCCCGAUGCCAGCUCCGUGUGUUACAUAGAAAUAAUAUAUUUAAUCGAACGGAACUUCAGACAAAAUAUUGUAAGAAGACAGGAACAACAGUAAGGAAAAUGAGCCUUCCAGAUUCAUCUACAGUUACUUGCAAUCUUUUUAAAGGCAAGAAGGAUCGGUUUGGUGGCAUAAUUGUUGAUUCAGAAGUGGAGAGUUCUGAUGAUAACUUCAGCACCAAACUCUUAAAGUCCCUUGAACACUGGUCAGAACAGAAUGUUCGAGCAGUCUGGUUCAGAGUAGCCUUACAUCAUGCAGAGUGGAUUCCAGUGUUAGCAAAGAAUGGUUUCGUGUUUCACCAUGCAGAACCAAUGAGUGUUUCCAUGGUCAAGUGGCUGCCAAUCACAGAAAUAUGCAAUAUUCCUCAAUAUGCACAUACAAUGAUAGGAGUAGGUGCUGUUGUUGUAAACAAGGACCAAGAACUAUUGGUUGUUCGGGAACGCUUUCAUACAGUACCUCACUGGAAACUGCCCGGUGGAUAUUUAGAACCAGGUGAAGAUAUUCCAGAUGCUGCAAUAAGAGAAGUCCUGGAAGAAACUAAUGUCCAAACAGAAUUCAGAUAUCUUAUUUGUUUCCGACAUACUCAUGGUGCUAAUUUUGCCUGCUCAGAUAUUUAUUUUAUUGUCUGCCUGACUCCUAUUUCUGAAUCAAUAACAAAAUGUGACCGUGAGAUUGCAGAUUGUCGGUGGAUGAAGAUUUCAGAUUAUUUGACUGAUCCUGGAGUCAUUGAAACCAACCGAUUUUUCCUGAGAAAAUAUCUUGAAUAUGAGAAGUCGGGAAGCAUUGUGGGAUGUGUUAAAAAUAUUCAUCCACUUCUUAAGAAACCUCAAUGUUUAUAUAGUAUAGAUAAUAUGAAGGAUGCAUCCAAAAUAUAGGAAACAAAUCACUGAAUGUAUGUAGCAAAAGUAACAGUAUGGUGGUCAUUACUUCUCAGUUGACAAAAAUGGUUAAUGAAAUAUAUCCAAACAUAUAAUCAUUACUAUGUUGCAUUUGUUAAUAUUCAUCCACUUCUUAAGAAUCCUCAAUGUUUAUAUAGUAUAGAUAAUAUGAAGGAUGCAUCCAAAAUAUAGGAAACAAAUCACUAAAUGUAUGUAGCAAAAGUAACAGUAUGGUGGUCGUUCCUUCUCAGUUGACAAAAAUAGUUAAUGAAAUAUAUCCAAACAUAUAAUCAUUACUAUGUUGCAUUUGUAUUACACACUGAUGUCAUAUUAACCAAUUAUGAUGAAAUGGCUGGAAUUGUUGCAGUGUAAUACAUAUUAUUAUUUAAUUCAAGAUAUAACUAUUACUUCAUUAUUUGAAUGACUGUGAUGUUAGUUUUAUUUUACCAUAAUUUAUUCUGUAAUUAA